AUGCCUGGACUCACCUCGGCGGGUGGCGCGCUCGCGCUGCUCCACGAUGACGACCAGCAGCUACAGGAGUUUGGCAUUGAAAAGCUUUUGGAGCUUGUCGAUGACUUUUGGGCCGAAAUUGCGGAUGACAUUGCGACCAUUGAGGAGUUGUAUGAGAAUGAAAUGUUUCCCAAGCGCGAUAAGGCCGCACUCCUGGCUGCCAAGGUGUACUACCACUUGGGAGCGAUGGCAGACUCGCUUCGCUUCGCCAUGCACGCGGGCAAGGCUUUUGACCUCUCUGAACAGUCUCUCUUUGUCAACACGCUCAUUUCCGAGGCCAUUGACACCUACUCAUCCCUGCGCCAAGCCGGCCGCGCUGAGGAGGUGCCAGCCGCCCUGGAGACCACCGUCGACCGCAUGUUUGAUCAAUGUAUCAAGGAUGACAACAUCCGCGAGGCCGUCGGCGUGGCGCUCGAGGCCCGUCGCAUUGACACCAUUCAGCAAGCUCUGGCGGCCGCCAACAAUGCACCGGACGUGCUGGAGUACACCUUCAAUGCCGUCAUGACCCUUGUUACCAGUCGUGCCUUCCGCGAUGAGGUCCUCGAGAUCUUGGCUGACGUGUACAGCAACGUGGCCAAGCCGGACUAUGUUGAGCUUUGCCGCUGCCACGUGGCCCUCGGCCAGGCAGAUCGUCUGGCUAGUCUCUUGCAUACCCUGGUGGGCCGCGGCGGCGAUGAUCGUUUGAUUGCCUUUCAGCUGUGCUUUGAGCUCAACAAGGGAGCUCGUCAAAACUUUGUGCAACAAGUGCGCGCAGCUCUUUCUGCCGCCGUGAACGGUGGCGCUGAGACCACAGCCAUGGACCAGAGUGCCGAUACGGGUGACAAGGACAUUGCUGCCGCUGUCAAGCGCAUGGACAGCAUUCUGUCCGGGGACAUUACGCUCACGCUCCACGUCGACUUUUUGAGCCGCAACAACCACAGUGAUCUCCUCCUCCUCAAAAACCUCAAGGAUCAGACCCCCAACUCAAUGAUCUGCCAUAGUGCUGUAGUGUUGGCCCACAUGCUCAUGUCCGCUGGUACCACCAGCGACGUCUUCCUUCGGGAAAACAAGGACUGGCUUAUGAAGGCUCAGAACUGGGCCAAGUUUAGCGCCGUCAGCGGCCUCGGUGUGAUUCACAAGGGGCACACACACCAAGCUCGCAAGGUCUUGGAGCCUUAUCUGCCUCGUGAUGAUGGCAGUGGGUCCCCAUACGAGAUCAGUGGUGGCUUGUAUGCCUUUGGCCUUCUGCAUGCGGGUCAUGGCCAAGCCGUUCUUGCGGACAUGACACAGUACCUUGUCGGUGCAUCCACCGAGGUGGUGCAGCACGGUGCUGCCCUUGGACUUGGCUUGGCGGCCCUCGGCUGCCAGGAUAACGAUGCGCAAAUGGCGCUCCAAAACACGCUGGCGAUGGACAGUGCCGUGGCUGGUGAAGCAGCCGGUAUUGCCAUGGGCCUCAACAUGAUUGGCACGGGCGAUCACGACAGCAUCAAUCACAUGUUCAACUACGCCGAGGCCACUGAGCACGAAAAGAUUAUUCGCGGUCUGGCCUUGGGUAUGGCCUUUAUUCAGCAAGGUCGUCGCGAACAAGCCGACGACAUGAUUGCCACUCUGCUCAAGCACACGGAUCCUCUGCUGCGGGCUGGUGGCUGCCACAUGCUGGCUACGGCCUACGCCGGCACCGAUGAUAACAACGUCACCAAACGCCUACUCCAUAUCGCUGUCAGUGACGCAAGCAACGACGUGCGCCGUGCUGCGGCCGUGGCCAUUGGCUUUGUCAUGAUUCGAUCACCCGAGAAGGUGCCCACCUUGCUCGCGCUGCUCUGUGAGAGCUUCAACCCUCACGUGCGGGGUGGCUGCUGCUUGGCGCUCGGCGUGGCCUGCGCUGGUACGGGGCUUGUCUCCGCCCUCAACCUGAUUGAGCCCAUGUUCAAGGAUGCCACACCGUUUGUGCGUCAGUGCGCUUAUGUGGCGACCGGCAUGAUCCUCAUUCAGGCUCAAAACACACACCCCAAGGUGGCUUCCUUCAAGAAGGAGGUUGAUGAAGUGGCGUCCCAAGCACACCAGCCCAUUCUGGCCCGUUUCGGUGCCGUUCUGGCCAUGGGCAUCAUGUAUGCCGGUGGUCAAAAUACUACCAUUCAGCCAUGCCGUGACCACGGACACAUUGAUGAUCAGUCGAUUGUCGGUCUGCUGGUCUUUACCCAGUUUUGGUUCUGGUUCCCCUUUACCCACUUCUUGUCUCUGGCCUUGACGCCCACGGCCCUGAUUUGCCUCAACGGCGACCUCAAGAUGCCCCAGAUUGAUAUUCUGUCAGCUGUUGAACCAUCCAAGUAUGCAUACUUCCCGAUGACCGAGCCCCCCAAGGAAAAGAGCAAGGACAAGGUCGCGACUGCCGUCCUUUCCAUUACGGACAAGGCCAACAGGCUACAGAAGAACAAGCGCCAAGAGGCGGAAAAGAUGGAUACCAAGCCUGAGGGCGAGUCCGAGAAGGAGGACAAGAAGGAAGGCGAGGACGAGAAGCCUGUCGCAGCGGAACCUGAGCCCAAGGAAGAGCUUCUCUCCAACCCGGCUCGCGUUGUGGCCGCACAACUGCCCGUAGUGUCCAUUCCCGACGGAUGCCGUUACCGCCCCGUGCUGUUGCCUCUGCGUGGAGAUGUGACUGUAUUGUCUGACACGACACCGGGUGAGGAGGAGAUUAUUUUGGAGACAUCAGAGCCUGGCGUUGAGCAGGCAGGCGGUGUUUCUACGGCCAACGAGCCCGCACCGCCUGCGCCGUUUGAGUUUGAUGAAAGCAAGGAAGAUUAAGCAACCGAGCCGUGCAUUUUUGUAGUGAAAGCCUUUCUCUCUCUCCCUCCCUCUCUGUGUGGCAGAUUUCGGGUGGUUGGCUGCGCGUUGCUGCAGCCACAUACCAUCAAAGGUUCUGGGCUGUUUUGAACAGUCCGCGCUUUGUCGGGCGCAUGUUUGGCCUGCCAUCUCUUGUCCAUCCAAAUUGACCCGUUGACCUGU